AUGAUUAAUGAAAGGGGAGUGCUGGGCCCCAGGAGAAGACCUGAUCAGAAAAGGCCCGGUGAGGGCUCCGCCCCGCCCCCGCCUCUCCAGUUGCCCCGCCCACUCCCCGCCCCAUCGCGGGCGUCACUAGCGACCUGGCUACUUUCGGGGCGGGGCCCAGGGCUUCUCCUGACCACGCCCCCACCACCGCGCCACGCCCCUCUCCCGCGGCGGUCGUCACUUAUAGCUCGGCGCUCUCAGGGCGGGGCCCGGGGGAUGGGUAGGGGGCGGCCCGGGCUGACGGCGGCCUCGGCCCCGCCCCCUCCUCUCCCGCGCCCCGCCCCUUCCAGGACCCCCGCCCCCACGGCCGGCCACCGCUACAAUGCGGCCGGUGCGUCGCUGCUCGAGCCGCCGCUGCAGCUCUUCUGGACCUGGCUGCUGCAGUGGAUCCCGCUCUGGAUGGCCCCCAACACCAUCACCCUCCUUGGCCUCGCCGUCAACCUGCUCACCACGCUCGUGCUCAUCUCCUACUGCCCCACGGCCACCGAGGAGGCACCGUACUGGACAUACCUUCUUUGUGCCCUGGGACUCUUUAUCUAUCAGUCGCUAGAUGCCAUCGAUGGGAAACAAGCCCGAAGAACAAAUUCUUGUUCUCCUUUAGGGGAACUCUUUGAUCAUGGAUGUGACUCCCUUUCCACAGUGUUUAUGGCCAUCGGAGCGUCAGUUGCUGUCCGCUUGGGAACUCAUCCUGACUGGCUGUUUUUCUGCUCAUUUAUUGGAAUGUUCCUCUUUUACUGUGCUCACUGGCAGACUUACGUUUCAGGCGUGUUGAGGUUUGGAAAAGUCGAUGUAACGGAAAUUCAGGUAGCUUUAAUAAUCAUCUUUAUGUUGUCUACAUUUGGAGGAGCAACAAUGUGGGACUAUACGAUACCCGUUAUAGAACUGAAAUGGAAGAUCUUUCCGGUUCUUGGAGUAGUGGGUGGAGCAAUAUUUUCUUGUUCAAAUUAUUUCCAUGUUAUCCUCCAUGGUGGUGUUGGCAAGAAUGGAUCUACUAUAGCAGGCACUAGCGUCUUGUCACCUGGACUCCACAUAGGACUAAUUAUCAUACUGGCAAUAAUGAUCUAUAAAAAGUCUGCAACUAAUGUUUUUGAAAAACAUCCUUGUCUUUAUACCCUAAUGUUUGGAUGUGUUUUUGCUAAAGUCGCACAAAAAUUGGUGAUUGCUCACAUGACCAAAAGUGAACUGUACCUUCAAGAUACUGUGUUUAUUGGGCCAGGUCUUUUAUUCUUAGACCAGUACUUUAGUAAUUUUGUAGAUGAAUAUAUUGUCCUAUGGAUAGCAAUGGUCAUUGCUUCAUUUGAUAUGACGAUAUACUUUAGUGCUUUGUGCCUGCAAAUUUCAAGACACCUUCAUAUAAAUAUCUUCAAGACUACAUGUCAUCAAGCACCUGAACAGGUUCACAAGCAUAUUGACUGA